CAAACGCAGCAGGAUGUGCGGUAGGGAGGACAAGAGUGUCAGGCCUUCAAGUUAAUUCCAGUUAAAGUAUUAUUUGUUCAGGUAUUCAUGUAUGGCAGACAUUAAUGCACCUGCAACCAGCUAACCGUUACUGCUCGGUCUAGGGUUACAGCUCGCAGUCUCUCAGCUAACGUGAAGUUAGCUAGAAUGCUAGCACUAUGUUCAACCCAUUAGCUGGUUUACCAGAUGACCGACAAUCCAUGUACAGUCAGUCACAAAACAGCGUGUACAAAUCUGGCGACAGAACCAGCCCUAUUAGCGUCAUACUGGUAAGCUCUGGCAGCAGAGGGAACAAACUACUUUUCCGAUAUCCCUUCCAAAGAGUGGCUGAAUGUCCGUCAUCUCUGACAGCAAAACAGCGAAGUCCAUAUGCUCUGAACACAACCGGGGAAGGUCUUGACGAUCAGGAUGGUGAUUCAAGAGAACAAUCUCCACUAACUGACGAACAGUUGGUAGCAGGGUUCUCUGACAUCAUCCUCGCCACCAUCCUGGCCACCAAAUCUGAUAUAUGUGGUAAGAAGUUUGAACUGAAGAUAGACAAUGUUCGAUUCGUGGGUCACCCUACGCCCCUUCAGCACCCUCCCAUCAUUCAGGUUUCUAAGACAGAUCCUUCCCCUAAGAGAGAAAUGCCUACGAUGAUCUUGUUUAACGUGGUCUUUGCACUGAGGGCGAACGCGGACCCGUCCGUCAUCAGCUGCAUGCACAACCUGUCGCGCCGCAUCGCCAUCGCCCUGCAGCACGAGGAGCGCCGCUGCCAGUACCUGACCAGGGAGGCCAAACUGAUGCUGGCCGUCCAGGACGAGAUCACCACCAUGACUGAGACAGAAGCAAGCCCCCAGUCCCCAUUUAGGCAAAUUCUUCCCAAAUGUAAACUAGCCAGAGACCUGAAGGAGGCUUAUGACAGCCUCUGUACAACAGGUGUGGUGCGUCUACACAUUAACAACUGGCUGGAGGUGAGCUUCUGUUUACCACAUAAGAUCCACAGGAUUGGCGGCAACCACAUCCCCCCCGAGGCCUUAGAGCGCAGCCUUAAGGCUAUAAGGCCCUACCAUGCCCUGCUGCUGCUGGAGAGUGAGAAGGCGCUGCUGAACCAGCUUCCUCUGGACUGCUCGCCUGCGAUGGUGCGCCUCAUCAAAACCUGCUCAGCGGUGAAGAACCUGCAGCAGCUGGCACAGGAUGCUGACCUGGCCUUACUGCAGAUCUUUCAAAUUGCUGCUCACUUGGUUUAUUGGGGCAAAGCGAUCAUCAUCUACCCGCUGUGUGAGAACAACGUCUACAUGCUGUCUCCUCACGCCAACAUCAGCCUAUACUCAUCAUUGGCUGAGCAGUUUGCUCAGCAGUUUCCUGGUCAUGAUCUGCCCUCGAUGUUAGCCAAGUUCUCUCUGCCUGUCUCUCUGGCCGAGUUCAGAAAUCCCCUGGAAGCUCCCGCACAGGAGGCCCAGCUGAUCCAGAUGGUGGUGUGGAUGCUUCAGCGCCGCCUCCUCAUCCAGCUGCACACUUACGUCUGCCUGUUGGUUCCUCCCAGUGAAGAUGAGCCUGGCUUGAAGGAUGAAGAUCUUCCACUGGCUUCCCGAGUAGGGGGCCGCAGCCUCAGCACCCCGAGCGCCCUCAGCUUCGGUUCCCCUACCAGCAGUGAUGACAUGACCCUCACCAGUCCCAGUAUGGACAACUCCAGUGCAGAGCUGCUGCCCGGGGGGGACUCUCCGCUCAACAAGAGGAUGACGGAGACGCUGCUCGCCAGCCUGUCGGAGCACGAGAGGCAGGUUAUCCUAAACAUCCCUGCUGCACAAAAUCCGGAGGAUCUGAGGAUGUUUGCGAGGCUGCUGCACUAUUUCCGGGGACAUCACCACCUGGAAGAAAUCAUGUACAACGAGAACAUGAGGCGCUCGCAGCUCAAGACCAUGUUUGACAAGUUCCGCAGUGUCCUUGUGGUGACCAACCAUGAAGAUCCCAUUAUUUCAAUCUUUCAGUGCCCCAUGGAGUAAUGGCACGGGGACAGUAUGCAGAAGAUGUCUGUUUGUGAGCCUGAUGUGCUCACAGCUAAGUGCUAUUACUCAACAGUGUUGUUUUAAAAUGAACUGAUUGUUGAAUGAAUGUGUUUUUCCCUUAUGAGCCAAAUGUUUGUUUACAAUAUUAAAUUAUUUUGUACAUAA